UGAUCAGUGGAAAGAGCCGAUGACAUCGGCUCUGUCAUGUGAUCAGCUGUGUCCAAUCACAGCUGAUCACAUGGCACUGAUGAUCAGUGCCCUGAUGAUCAGUGUAGCCCCAUCAGUGCCACCUGUCAGUGUCCAUCAAUGCCACCUGUCAGUGCCCAUCAAUGCCACCUGCCAGUACCCAUCAGUGCCACAUCAAUGCUACAUAGCAGUGCCUACCAGUGCACAUCAAUGCCACAUAUCAGUGCCCAUCUGAGCCAGUCAGUGCCACCUAUCAGUGCUGCCAAUCAGUGCCUCCUAUCAGUGCCCGUCAGUGCCACCUAUCAGUGCCUGUCAGUGCCACCUAUCAGUGCCAGUCAGUG